ACCUCUCACUUAUCCUUAAAUAACCGGUCAACGAACACCUCUGCUGCUCCUAAAAAUAACUUUAUAUUUUAAACAUUCCCAAAAUGAGUAACUCUGACGACUCUCGAACCAUAUGCAAUGUUCCAAGUCUGCGUGAAAUCAAAAAAAGGGCGGAGCCGUUGGCUAAAAAGAAGGUAAUCCUAGAGCUAUUCUCUCAUUUCGUGGAAUCACCGGAUUUUUUUCCCAACUUCUGGUUUCGUAAGAUGGAUGAGCUGAUUAUCGUGAAGUUAUUGGAACACUUGGACACAAAAGAUGUGGAUGAUCGCAGAUUUUUACGGUCUCUAUUGCUGCGCAUCUAUAUAAAAUUGUACCACAUGCGUUCAUUUAUGCUAAAGCAGUUCAACGAUGUUUUCUAUCGAUUUAUUUUCGAAGCAAUUGAGUCUCAUUGCAUCGAAGAUCUUCUGCAAAUUUACUACGAUAUAAUCAAGGGAUAUACGGCGCCAAUAACUACCGAAGAGGAGCAAGUGCUGCUUAAGGUCCUUUUGCCUUUGCACAAGCCGCCAUCGAUGCCAGCGUAUUACGCUCAGCUGGUAAUGUGUAUUAUCGAAUUCCUCAGCGCGAAUCCAUCUCACAUAGAAAGUUAUGUCAUUGGUCUUCUGAAACUGUGGCCAAAGACAUCUGUUAAGAAGGAGACUUUGUUUCUCAAAGAGAUUGCCAGUAUUCUGGUAAUAAGAGAAGAGCAAGAGGUUAAGAAAGUUCUGGUGCCGGUGUUUAAACAAAUUGGAAAAUGCCUGACUGGUCUAAGCGCUAAGAUAGCUGAGCAGACUCUCAGUCUUUGGCACGACGAGGAUUUUUUGGAGGUUAUGAGGCGCAACAACGAGGUCAUCAUGCCCAUCGUAUUUCCAUCUCUAUUUCGCAUGAAGAGAAUGCACUUAAGUCAAAUAAUCCAGGAACUCGUCUACAUUGCUAUGAAUCAGUUUUUGAUGAUGAACAGGGAGCUGUUUGAAAGCCUAACUAGGAACUACAUAGGAGCAGAAAAUGCUGAGCGUUCAAAUCCGCAAUAGAUACUGACACUGGGAGCAAGGACCCAUGGAACUUGUAUUAGGGGCAAACCUUUAAAGGAAAUGUUAUAUUUUUUGUACUUUUUGUACACCGUUACAGUAUUGAUUAAUAUUACAUUAUAUUAAAUAAA